AUGCAUGAGAACUUGAAGGAUAUUUCAAAAAGAAAACAACAAGUGCAGGAGGAGUUAGAAAGUACACCAUUUCCAAUAGAUGCUGAAGUAGACGAAGGAGGGGAUUCUUCCUCCCUAACUAAAUCCCAAUCCUCUGAAGCAUAUCAAUCAGAACUUGCUAAGGGAAAGAGAAAGCUUGCUGAAAUUGACACUUUCUUUGCUCCAAGAACAAAAUCAGGUUCACAACCUUCAAUCAAAAUUGUUUUGGCAUCUAAGGAAGCAGUACAUCGUGCUGACCUAGCUGUAGCAAGGUGGUUUUUUGAUUGUUGCAUACCUUUCAAUGCUAUAAAUUCACCAUAUGCACAGAAAGCUGUGGAUGCUAUAACUGCUAUAGGUCCUGGAUACAAGCUUCCAUCUUACCAUAAUAUGAGGGUUAACCUACUUAAGGAUUGUAAAGAGGAGUGUAGGUUACUCAUUGAUUGCUAUAGGAAUACUUGGAAGGACACAGGAUGUACUCUUAUGGCGGAUGGAUGGACUGAUGGAAGAAUGGAUGCAUCAGAUAUCGUUAAGGAUGCUACAAACUUGUACUCAUUAUUUAGUGAAGUUGUUGAGUGGGUAGGGCCUGAAAAUAUUUUUCAGCUUGUUACCGAUAAUGCUGCUAAUUACAAGAAAGCAGGCGAGCUCUUGAAAGCUAGAUUCAACAACAUUUAUUGGUCGCCUUGUGCUGCACAUUGUUUAAAUUUAAUUUUGAAAGACUUGGGCAGCAUGCCUCUUAUAGAGGACUUGGCAAAGAAAGCAUCCAAGGUGACUAUUUUUGCUUAUAAUCAUGUUAAUGUACUUGCUUGGCUUAGAAAAAGGCAAGGUUGGAAGAAGAUUGUGCGUCCAGGAGCCACACG